UGUCCUGUGGAAUUGGACAGACCCUGAGACCAGUAACAUGGGUCGGGGGAGGCUGCUGCGGGGUGGGAAGUUGUGGGUGGCUGAGAGAGUGACGCAAGCAGACCAAGGCAACUACACCGUGAGAGAUGGCAGAGGGAAGGUCUUGUCCCGUAGCACCCUCACUGUCCAUGCCCCCCCGUGGUCCUGUGCAGCUGAUUCGCGAGGGCCAGAUAACAGACCACGACAUGCGGUACAGGGGCCUGAUCUCUCUGGGCAGAAAUGGCUCCAUCAAUGAAGUCGUCAUAGCGAGACUGACUUCAAGGCACGAUGGGGUUUAUGAAAUCAGAGAUGGGGAUGGUAACCUGGUGUCCUCCACCAGGUUGCAUGUGAUUGAAAAGGGGGGUAGAUGGCGAGCGCUUCUCAAGUCCAUCACUGUCCCUUCUGGCAUGUUUGUGUCGCUGGCUGGUUUCAUCCUGUUCAUGAAGCGCUACCCUACCUGCACCCUGUCGCAGAUCACUGCUGGUUUUAGAUCAAACCACACUCCACCAGCCAAUCCUCCGAGGGUCAACAUCCAGGAUUACAGUCAGGCCCACCCUCAUCCCUCAGGCUUCAGUUACCCUCAGCAGCCUGGAACACCAAGGAAAUGGAUCCCGAGAGUCCGUCCAACCCAUAUUGGUUACACUCCUGUUAUGGAAGGAACUCCAUCUCAACUAACUCCUCAAGUAACUCCUGCUCAUGUGAGAGCUGAGAACCAGGAAGCACACAGACUGGCAGCUGGGACCUCCCCUAGUCAUAAUUCAACUACUGAGCAGGAAACAUCUAAUGAGGGAGAGAGGAACAUUUCCUUUUCAGUGCCCGGGGCUUCAGACUGCCUCCACUCGUCAGAAGACUGUGUUCAAUUCCAAAUCAAGAAAGACGGAGACAAGGAAAGGUGGAGCAAAUCACAAGAGUAUUUUUCCGCACUGCCACUAGACACGGACACAUCUGAAUCCUACAGCGUUUACACUUCGGAGAAACUGGACAGCUUGUAGAGCACGACAUGUGGAGCUGGAGUAAAGGAAAGAGAAACGUAAUAUGUGGACAAAGUUAUGGAAAAGAUGUACCUCGUCUGUGCCUUUUGCAUCUUGUUUAAAUGAUCUGACAACAAUAUUGCAUGCCAUUUGUUAAUGUAAUGGUAAUUUUUCUGCAGCAUGGGUUGAACAUUAGACUUCUUGUUGUCAUAUUUCCCAUGUCUUGAGACUGACCAAAUGGUUCUCCUCUACCCUCUGCAGUUACCUACCUCCAGACCCUCAGGACCAACAUGAUAUGCACUGAAAGUGUGUGUAUGUGUGUGUAAUGUGAUAUCUAGGGCAAUAUAGAAAAUAGAGUCGCAAUAUGAAAGUGUGAAAAAGGGAACUUUGAAUACUGUACAGUAAUAUAGAGAUAGCUGAAGUGUUUUACUCCACUCAUCAUGUUAACCACUCCUAACUGCAACAACAAUGAAUUAUCAUGUUAAAUGUAUGUUCUGCAGUUUAAUAAUUUUUGCACUAAUAUACUGUAUUUACCCUUGAGGUAACUAGUCAUAGUGAUGUGAAAUGUAACAGGUUCCAACAAAUAUUGCAAAAGCAUAUUAAUCCAUAUUUGUUUUGUUCAGAACAAUGUCUGUCACCAAAUCUUUUAAGUGACAAAUAUGAUUGGACAUGUAAUAUUUUUGCGAUAUCAAAAUGUUUAAGAGCAUGUCAUCUCUCAAACAAUAAAAUGUACUUCUA